UAAUCUAAUUCAGUCUGCUCACAGUGAACAAGUUCCGCUGUCACAACAAGCAACAAUGACAGACUCAGGGCCAAAGUUCAAAAUAUUCAAGUUUUUAAAAAUAAUGUUUAGUAGCUUCGUUAUUACAGUCCUGCUGUUAUUUACUAUAGCAUCUAUAAGGACUCUUUCACUGGAUGUAAAUCAUCAACUCGCCCAUUGGGAAAAGACGAAUAACAUCUCGCUUGUCAUAGACCGCCAUCAGAGAGAGGAGCUUCUUACACAUUUUAAAGAGGCUAUCCGGAUCCCUACGGUGUCAUUCUCGGAGACGGAGAGCAACCUGACGGCGCUGCUUGAAUUUGACACGCUCCUCCGAAAAGCCUUCCCAACAGUUUUCUCUUCGAGCUUGGUUCAUCAUGAAUUGGUGGCCAACUACAGCCACCUGUUUUGGGUGCAAGGAUCACAGCCUGACCUGGUGCCAUACCUGCUGCUGGCCCACAUCGAUGUAGUACCUGCCUCAGAGUCCGAUGGCUGGGAGGCCCCACCAUUUUCUGCCAAAGAGAUAGAUGGCUUCAUCUAUGGUAGAGGGACCAUAGAUGACAAGAGCCCUGUAAUGGGAAUACUUCAGGCACUGGAGUACUUGCUGAUAAAAGGUUAUGCUCCACGCAGAGGAUUUUACGUUAGUCUUGGUCAUGAUGAAGAGGUCGGUGGUUACAAUGGGGCAGUGAGCAUUGUGCGUGUACUGAAGCAGCGUGGUGUGCAGCUAUCAUUUGUCCUGGACGAGGGCCUGGCUGUACUUGAUGGAGUCAUCAGUGGUCUUGAAGGACCUGCUGCUCUAAUUGGGAUAAGUGAAAAGGGUUCUGCCACGGUAAAGCUUAGUGUAUCUAUGGUCCCUGGUCAUUCCUCAAUGCCUCCCAGUGAGACCACCAUUGGGAUAUUGGCUGCAGCAGUCAAAAGACUAGAGGAGAACCCCAUGCCGAGAUUAUUUGGUCAUGGGCCUGAACGUGGAAUCUUUGAGCACCUGGCCCAUAAGUUCAGGCUCCCAAUGAGGUUCAUAAUGUCGAAUUUGUGGCUGUUCUCCUCACUCCUUGGCAGGAUACUUGAAAGAAAACCAGAUACUAAUGCUUUUGUAAGGACAACUACAGCAGUCACCAUGUUUAAUGCAGGAGUGAAGGUCAAUGUCAUCCCUUCCCUCGCUGAAGCUUACGUAAAUCUACGAAUCCACUCAGCACAGUCAUUACAAGAGGUCUUGGAACUCAUCCAGUCUACAGUAGGGGACCAACGUGUGAAGAUAGAGCUUCUUAAUGGAUUUGACCCUCUGCCUGUCAGCUCUGCUGAUGAAAAGUCCUUUGGCUUCCAGGUCAUUAAGAAAAGUGUGUUGGAAAUCUUUCCAACAGUUACGGUUGCUCCAGGUAUCUGUAUUGGGAACACAGACAGUCGACACUUCAGAGACCUAACCAAUGAUAUUUAUCGCUUUGCCCCUGUGUGGUUUAAACCAGGUGAUGCUCAGAGAUUCCAUGGCAUCAAUGAAAGGAUUUCCAAAAAGAACUACGAGGAACUUGUUGUCUUUUACUUCACUCUGAUUCAAAACAGUGACAUUCAGAAGCUCCCUGAGCCUCACAGUCCUGUCCACGAACUCUAAGGAAUAGACAGUAUGGGUUCAAAGUCAAUCAAACAUAAUUUAAAGGCCUGUGCUAUUGUUAGUCUGAAUAAUUUCAACAGCACCCAAUAGGACAUUGACUUGUUGUAUAGUCUCUUAAUUUAAACAAAUUUUCCAUUGCCAUGUAAAAUUAGGUUAAUAGUAAACAACUCUCUAUUCUCUGUCUUCACUGUUGUUUGAUGACAUGCAGUGUUGACCUUGUAAUGACAAAAUGAUUGGUGUAUAACUAUGUGGAGCUCCUUUGCAUUUGCAAAUAGGAUUUUGUGGCAGACUGCUGUGAUUAUUUCUGAUUUUAAAAUCAUGAUGGUAUAAUAUUGAUAUUGCAUUGCGCUCUCUCUACUUCUCUCUCUCUCUGUCUCUCUCUCAACCAAGUUCUCUGUGAUGCUGAUUCCCAGGAACCUUAAACUAUUCACCAACUCCACCACAGGUCCACUAAGGUAGACAGGGGCUGCCUCCUUUUUCAGCUCCUUGGUUUUGUAGAUGUUUAGCAGUAGGCUGUUUUCUAUGCGCUACUCUGCAAGAUUGAUGGUUUCCUUCUAAGAACUUUCCAUGUCAGGGGUUGCAGUUAUGGGUGUACAGCAUGAACAGGAGGGAGCUGAGCAUACAGCCCUGGGGGGCUCCAGUGUUGUUUAGCACGAGAGUAGAUGAGGUUUGACCACCAAACAGAACUGUCUGGGGUCUGUUUGUGAGGAAGUCCAAUUUGCACUUGUAGAGUGUUGUACUCAAGCCCAGAGUACUAAGAUUGCCAGUCAUGGGGUGGGAUUGUGUUGAAUGCUGAACUGAAAUCAACCUGUAGAGCUCAUCUGUCCAUGCUUUAACUGUUUUUGUUUAUGGUUUGACAGUUUUUAUCAGCUGGGUGUAAAUUGAAAGUGAAUGUUGGGACAGCAUAAGAGAAAGUUAGUAUGCUUGUGUAAUAAUUUUUCCUAUCACAAGUUAGGAACGGUUAAUCUCUAAUGGCCUUUUUCCUAAAUCAGCCAGAAGCUGAGUUUAUAACUAUGUGCCAGAUUUUAAUUUAUGUGGCAAACAAAGCUACACAAAUAAUUAGUUAUUAGUCGAGCUAGCACUGUUUGUGUAAACCACAGCUGCAGUGAAUGAGAGACUGGGCAGAUAAAAAUAUUGCUUCCUACAUGUUUAUGCUUAUUAAAUUGGUGAAUUGAUAGAAGUAUUGGCUUUAUACUCAAGAAGGUUUUAUUGCAUGUAGUUACAAUAACGAGCAUAGUUGUCGUCAACUUGAGUAAUCUUCACUGAUCUGAUGGCUGACUUCGCUCUCUCUGUGUGUGCGUGUGCGUGUGUGUGCUUGGAGUGGAGGCCCUCUGCAGAGACACAAGAGGGGAGGACAGGCUGCAGGUCAGGCAGUCCUUAUUGUUGAUGGCAGUGUGCCAUUUAGAACAAGUAGUUUACUAAUUGUAGACCACUGGAAGAUAUCGUUCCUCGAUAUCAAUGUUCUUUCUCUCCGGUUCUAGAAAGUUGCAUGGAUACAGGAACAUGAUAGUUCAGAGGUAUUUAUAAUCAAAUGGCUAUAAGUAGUAUUGAUAAAUGUAAUUGUAAUAAAUUAAAAGGUCCAGUGUGUAAUAUUGACAGAAAUGCAAUAUAAGAUCCAUAACUAUGUUUUCAGUGGUGUAUAAACCCCUUACAUAAUGAA